AUAAUAAGUAGUAACCCGGCAAGUAUCUGUAUGUCUUGUCACAUAAUGUUUUCCCAACCGCAACGACUAUGUAUAAAGCCGCUUUAUGAUUAUUCCUAGGUUACCGCCGCGAUAAUGGUUCCAGCCGGUCCUACAACUCUAUUUGGUCUGUGUUGCUACGCGAAUAUGCAUCGAAAUGUAGGUAUCCAUAUGCGUUAACCUACCAUCACUGUUUGCUUCCUGUUGAAUAUCCUCAAAUUGAUUGAGAGCUAGUUUUAAUCAACGAUACUCAAUGUAUUCAAGGGUAUGUAUAAAAGAUUGAAGAAACUGAUUGUUAAGCAGAGGCUCGGCAUCUGAUAAUUGCACCAAAGAAACAAGCUCAAAGCUUAACUCAGAAUGUGUCACCUUUAUUGGAAAUUGAGGCCUCUAAAACUUGAUGCAAAGGAAAAGGAUGACUCAACUGAGUUGCAUCGUUUCAGUCUAGAUCGUUGUUUCAUGCUGUGUUAUGCUCGUGACGUGCUAUGUCGAUCUCCCCAUUGCGGCAGAUUAGUGCCUUAUCGAUAGCACUAACACCCUGAAGGAGCAGCCGGCACCUGCCGUGUUGCGUUUGCAGCGGCUUAUCACGCUCGUACACAUCAUAUCCUCGUGACUUGGCACCCCCGGGAAGGAUACACCCAUUAUCCAUCUUGCGCUUGCUUGACUCAACUUCAUCUUCCCCUGCCUCUAGCAAUAUUUUAGCUAUUCCCAACCAACAUCUUUCAACUGCAGACUAUUUCACACACAAACUUCAGUUCUUCUGCCUCUUCUUAACGUCUUCCUCUCGAGUAUCGCCUAUCGCGCCGGCCCCGGAGCUCUUUGGAUACCUUCAUAACCCCACAUUCGGAAACAACAUCAACUGCCAUCAUGAGUAGCCCACGCCGCAGAAUCGAGACUGAUGUGAGUUCUACCGUCUUCCGAGACUGUGACGGAACUGUGACUAACACUAAUCGUCAACAAGGUCAUGAAGUGCGUUGUCGUCUCUGCCCUGUCGCUUGUUGUAUUGCUAACAUGAUUACAGGAUGUAUGGGACUCAAUAUAAGCUACCGUUUCUAUGAUGACACUGACACCAAUAGGCUUAUGAGUGACUACGAAGUUACACUUGUCAAUGACAACAUGUAAGCUUCCAAUUCCACUUUCACCGACUCCGACCUAUUUCCUGACCGAUCCUCUUAGGCAAGAGUUCUUUGUUCGCUUCAAAGGACCAGCUGAGAGUAUGUUUACCGAAGCGCAUCGUCCGAAUAAGAACUGACAUUACGAAGCUCCAUUUGAGGGCGGAAUGUGGAAGGUUCAUGUCGAGCUUCCCGACACCUACCCUUACAAGUCCCCCAGCAUUGGCUUUGUCAACCGCAUCUUCCACCCCAAUAUCGACGAGCUGUCCGGUUCGGUCUGUCUCGAUGUUAUUAACCAGACUUGGUCGCCCAUGUUUGAUAUGAUCAACAUUUUCGAGGUUUUCCUUCCUCAACUCCUGCGAUACCCCAACCCUACCGACCCCCUCAACGGUGAGGCGGCGGCCUUGUUGAUCAGAGAACCAAAGAGCUAUGAUGCCAAGGUCAAAGGUGUGUGUGCAUGGACCCUUGAAACAGACAUGAUACUCAUGAAAGCAGAAUAUGUCCAGAAAUAUGCUUCCAAAGAUGCAGCAGACGAAGCCGGAGCCGAAAGCGAAGACGAUGACGAACUCUCCUCAGUUGCCAGUUUCGGGGACGACGAUGACGAGCCUGCGGGACAGAUGGAUGAUGUAUAAGCCCUUCUACAAGCGCAUUAAAUUGGGCGAGCGUUUCGAUUCACAUAUGGCGUCAUGGGACCGAGGCACGGAUUUAGGGCUAUCAUUGGACGGAGUUGCAGUAACCUCGCGCAGGCUUGGACUCGGAUCGAAUUUGUUUCUUGGCAUUAGUUUGGCAUGUUGCAUACAAAGCUUCGCUUGUGCUCAUCGGAGGGCGGUCGAACGAAAUAGCCGCAACUGGAUGUCAUGAUUGCUGGUGACAGACCUGGCCGUCAGGACCUCGAAGGCAGUUUGGAUAGGUUGGCCUUUCGUUCUCUGCCAACGAUGCACAGCAGAGGGACAAGACUUUGAAUAUUAAAUCAAUAAAUUGGGCUGAGCCCGGGUAUCAUAUCUAUUAUUAUUCUAAAGAACCAGUGCCUAUAGUAAAAUGCUUAAUCGGAGUCGUAGUCAACCAGGCCUGCUGGCGAAGCAGGCGCCUGCGCCUUGGAUGGUGGCUCCAAAUUCCGUGACUCUACUUCUUGUGGUGAUCUCUUCCGCUUCACACCUGGCAGUCUGGCCGGUCCUUUCGUCUCAUGUCGUUUGCCGAUCAGGAAAGGAUCCUUGGAGGCCCUAGUGUUGCCCAUAAGUUCCGACACCAACGCAUCUUUACGUUUCGAAGCCUCCUUGUCAGCCUUCAGCUUGCCUCCGCCUUUCGGGUCCAAUGGUUUCUUCUUGCUCCCUUUGGUUUGAAAUAAGGGCUUCGACAAUGCUCGAUCUCUGCCAUCAUCAACCACAGGUCCAAAGUCGACAAGAGCCGCACGGCGAGCAUCUUCCUCUGUCCCAGGAACAAUAUCUAUGCCAAGACUCAUGCGAUCUUGAAGAUCCCCUGUAGCCGCAGCAUCGCGCUCCCGCUCUUUGCGCCCUGCCCUGAAUGCCUUCCGUAGCUUCUGAUUCUGCGUAUACGGAUCAUCCCAAUGUUUCGCAGAUGCCUCAAGAAGAUCGUCUAUCCGUAGCGUCGCGCGUUUGAGCUGCUCCCUAUCCUCAAUAGUCUUUUCCAAACUCGAAAAUGCAUUCUUUCUCAACGCCUCCCUCUCCUGAUCCGUCAUGAUAACAGCAUCCCCUUCGCGCUGCACAUCUUCCCCCGUAUCCCUCUUCGCACCGCCCUCCGUGACAACAUACGCCGUAUUCUUCGGAUCCGUGCGAAUCUCAAUCUCGCCUCCGCAAUCCGCAUGACGAAACUUGAAACUCCAAAUCGGCGUUGAGAAAUAACUCCCCACGCGGCGCUUCGCGGCGUUGAAGCGAACGCCUUGGCCGAUUAUCGUGGGCUUGGGACAGCUGUUGCACCAGACGGCGAAGGGAAGCUCGAAGCGGACGGUGAGGGAGCCAGGCUUUGAGGCGCGUGCGCCGAGCGGGUGUUUGUUGUGAAGACGGUUGCCGGAUGUGGUGCCUUCUACUUCGGGCGGGACGUAGCGGCCCAUGUUGAAGCCCUGCAUCUUUGUGGUGGUUUUGAGGCUCGUGGCCUUUGGUAGGUGGAGGGGGGAAGAUUUGGUGUUGAGAGAGAUGGAUGGUGGAUGGAGGGGUGAUGUUAUAGUGGUAGGUACGUCACCU